CCAUCCGAAGACAGCAUCGUCAAUCUACUCCAGACCAGAUCCAGGCGCAAUCUCCCUUACACCCGGGCAGGUCACACUAAUCUCAUCGUCAUCAACCCCUAUCAACCUCUGGAGCUACUCAACGACGCAACCCUCCAAUCAUACGCCGAUGCAGGCUACCGAGAUGUAUCAGAACACAAGCUGUUUAUGCAGCCACAUGUAUACGACCUUGCUGCAAGGCUUUAUUUCCACAUGAGAAGAACGGGUGAAGACCAGAGCGUAAUCCUAAGUGGUAUCACCGGCUCGGGAAAGAGUACUACCCGUUCCCACCUAUUGGACCAACUGCUCUUGCUCUCCACCCACUCAAAGAAAGAAAAUAAACUGCAGCAACAGAUCAAGAACAGUUUGGUCAUUUUAGAGCAGUUUGGCCACUGCCGCACUGUCCAGAACAUCUCCGCAACAAAAUUUGGCAUGUUCCAGGAAAUUCAGUUCAGUGAGCGUGGCCGUAUCUUGGGCGCAAAAACCCUGACCUAUGCCUUUGACAAGACUCGGGUGACAACCGUUCCAAAGGAAGAACGCUCGUACCACGUCUUUUACUCCCUCAUAGCUGGUACAACUGUCGAUGAGAAAAACGCGCUCCACAUCAACUUCAACCCCGACUAUUUCAACUAUCUCGGCCAGUCAAAAUGCAUCGCAGUCCCGGACAUGAACGACGAAAUUGCUUUUGGAAAUCUCAAGAGCGCACUCAAGAUCUGUGGAUUCAAAGCCAAGACAGUCACCCAGAUCUUUCAACUCCUGGCCGCAAUCCUCCACCUCGGUAACCUCCAAUUCAUAGACACCCAGGAAGCCGGAACUGCCCAAGAGGCCUGCAAUGUCCGCAACCGUGAUAUCCUCGACACCGUCUCUGUCAUGCUCGGCGUCUCUCCGACAAAACUCGAGACCUCCCUCACUUACAAACUCAGAAUGAUCCGCAACGAGCUCUGCACCGUUUUCCUCAACCCACAAGGCGCCUGCGAACAGAGAGACGGUCUGGCCCGUGCAAUCUACCAGCUCCUCUUCGUCUGGAUCGUCGAAACAAUCAACACAAAAAUCUGCUACAACGACAGCGAACCCGCAAACUUCGUCGGCAUCCUUGACCAGUUCGGCUUCCAAAACUUCAAGACAAACGCUUUCGAAGAAUUCGCCAUCAAUUUUGCAAACGAGCGUGUCCACCAGUUCCUCAUCCGCCAGCGCUUCAACGACUCCGAAGGCCUCAAUGGCGCCAUGGUCCGCGACGGCGUCCCCUUACCAAAGGUCAUCACAAUGGACAACUCAGCAUGUCUAGAACUCUUGGUCGGAAGAGAGCACGAGAACCAGGACAAGAACGCCAGCAAGUCCGCUGCUCUUGGACUAGGCGGCAUUGUCGGUGCUCUCGAUCGCGACUGUGCUAAAUACCAGAGCGGUGCCACCGAUGCCACAGACGCAAACUUCCUCGCCGGCAUCCAGCGCACCCAGGCAAACCACUCUUCUUUCUCAAAGACCUCCUAUGCAUUCGCAUUCGGAAUCAACCAUUUCUCAGGCACAGUCCAGUACAGUGUCGAGUUCUUCCUCGAAAAGAACCUCGACUCACUCUCCCCAGAUUUCGUCAAUCUGCUCAGAGACAACAGUUCAAACGCAUUCCUCUCCAGCCUCUUCCAGGGCGUUGGCAUGGCCACCGAGUCCCAUCCCAAGGACGACCGCACAAUCGUAAAGGCCCAGCUGUCAAGCAAGCCAACUCGUGCACCAUCCAUGAAGCGUCCCAACAAGCGCAGACAGAACACCGAAAACGCAUUUGCAAAUGUACCAAUACCCGAGAGCGGUGAGCUGGACACCGAAGACCUCCGAAAGCAAAAGAUAAUAAAGGAAGCAGAAGAAGCCUACGAGAACAUGCAGGUGACCACAGUGAUGGACCAGCUCUACAUGACCCUGCGUGAUCUCUUCCUCACCAUGGCAGACACCCGGGUCUACAACAUCAUUCACAUUCGACCCAACGAUACCCAAUCCCCUGAUCUAUUCGAUGCCAAGCGUGUCAAGAUGCAGGUCCGUGCAUUUUUGCUCUCAGACCUCACACUGCGCUGCAGUCAGGAAUAUGCCAACUACUACACAUUCAGCGAGUUCCUGGCCCGCUACGAUCGUCUGGUCGCCUCGCUCCAGAUCGACUCCUCAAAAACCGAACGUGGCCAGGUCGAGGUCGUGUCUGCAAUCAUGAACUGGACCGAAUUCCAGGCCUACGUCGGCCAAGAAAUGCUCUGGCUCUCAUUCGACACCUGGAAGGAGCUCGAGGACGGACUCCGGGCUGCAGAAAAGGAAGAACGUGCACGCGCAAAGGGCGGCGACGGCCUCGCAAAGUCCGGCAUGAUGAUGGACAUGGGCGACGACGGCAUGGGAGGCGGCAUUGGCGGUGGGCCAGGUGGGCCCGGAGGUGGGGCCUAUUAUCACGACAGCGAAGACAGAUUACUUCCCCCAGGCGUCUAUGGCGAUCCCAGUCACAUGGGUCCCGGUGGACACGGAGGCAUGGUCCGUUCAUCAGCAUACGGCGACAAUGCUAGUUACAUGGAGAGCGAGUAUGGCAUGAAGCCAGAAAUGGAAGGGUCCCAAUGGGGAGAUGAAUCAGAAUGGGGCAUGAAAGGCCUUGCAGAAGGUAAGAUGGUUGAAGAUUUCCAUGUACCACAAAACGAACAGGUCGAAGAAAUGCCCAUUACAGCCGUACGUAUCUGGUGGGUGCGCUUUGUCUGGUUCUGCACCUGGUGGAUCCCUUCACCACUGCUUCGAAUCCUCGGCAAGAUGAAACGUGAGGAUGUACAGAUGGCAUGGCGUGAAAAGGUCACUCUCUGUAUGUGCAUCGGCUUCUUCUCCUGUGUUGUCAUCUUUUUCAUUGUUGGUCUUGGUGAAGUCAUUUGCCCGGGCACAAAGAAGAUGUAUUCAUUUGCAAACGUGGCGGCUCACACAGAGACCAAUGACAUUUUCAUGAGUGUCCGUGGUUCUGCUUAUGAUGUCACAAACUUCGCCAUCACUGGUCACGGCACAACUGCCAUUAGUGCCAGCCAAGAUGCCAUGUCUGAACUGGCCGGCAUGGACGUGUCCUACAGUAUCCCUCCUCCAUUAACUGUCGCCUGCGAGGGGCUCGUCACAUCCUCGACCAUCAAGGUCACUCCAAAUGCCACCAUUGUCCUAUCCACAUUUGUUCACAACUCCGGUGACCAGCUAACAAUUCCCACACUAACCAGUAUGGCUUCAAGCACAUGGUACUGGAACACAUUCUUACCCGAGAUGAGUCUCUACAAAAAGGGUCCCAUUGUCGUACCCAUCAAGGAACUCUUAGCUGACUUCCAGUCCUGGGGACGUACUGCGGCUGCAAUUAACGGAAGAGUAUAUGAUAUUACUGACUACAUUGCCACUGCCAAGACAUACGACAGUGGAUCGACUGCCAGCGAUUACCACUACCUCCACUCCACAAUCGAAGAGAUCUUUACCAAAUUUAGUGGAACUGAUGCUACAGACAAGUGGAACCAGUACAAGGGCUCCAUGACUCCCGAACAGCAGGCCAUGAACAUGAACUGCCUCAACAACUUUUUCUAUAUUGGCGAUGUCGAUGAGCGCGAAACACCCCGCUGUCAGUUUACCAAUUAUUUGCUGCUUUCCUUUGCUAUUCUCAUGUGCGUCGUCAUUGGUGUCAAGUUCUUGGCCGCUCUUCAGUUUGGCGGUGCACCCACCCCAGAAGACCACGACAAAUUUGUCAUCUGCCAGGUUCCUUGCUACACCGAAGACGAAGACUCGCUCAAAAAGACGAUCGACUCUCUCACGGUGCUCAACUAUGACGACAAGCGCAAGUUGCUCUUCAUUAUUGCCGACGGUAUGGUCAUGGGUAGCGGUAACGACAGACCCACGCCCCGUAUUGUGCUCGAUGUCCUCGGCUAUGACACCAAGAAUGAUCCCGAACCCUUGAUGUUCAAGUCGAUUGGUGAGGGCAGCAAACAGCUCAACUACGGAAAGGUCUAUUCUGGCCUGUACGAAUGCGAAGGCCAUGUUGUGCCAUACAUUGUGAUUGCCAAGGUCGGAAAGGCUUCCGAACGUGCAAAGCCCGGAAACAGAGGAAAGCGUGACUCGCAGAUGAUCUGUAUGAAUUUCUUGAACAAGGUCCACUUUGACGGCGAGAUGACUCCUCUGGAGCUCGAGAUCUUCCAUCAGUUGAAGAAUGUGAUUGGUGUCAACCCAUCUUUCUAUGAAUACGUGCUCAUGGUUGAUUCUGAUACAGAGGUCUUGCCAGACGCACUGAACCACAUGAUUUCAUGCAUGCUUCAUGAUGGUAGAAUUAUCGGUCUCUGCGGUGAAACCAAGCUUACCAAUGAAGACGACUCAUGGACAACGAUGAUUCAGGUCUACGAAUACUACAUUUCCCAUCACUUGGCCAAGGCAUUCGAGUCUUUAUUCGGCUCUGUCACUUGUUUGCCCGGUUGUUUCUGCAUGUACCGUAUCCGCACACCAGUCAAGAAUGAACCCUUGAUUAUCUCGCCCAAGAUCAUUCUCGAGUACUCUGACACCCAUGUUGACACCCUGCACAAGAAGAACCUGCUGCAUCUUGGUGAGGAUCGUUACCUGACAACUCUGAUGAUGAAGCACUUUCCUCAGUACAAGAUGAAGUUCACUCCUCACGCUCAAUGUAAAACCGUGGCUCCUGAUCGUUGGAAGAUUCUGUUGUCACAACGUCGUCGUUGGAUUAACUCUACUAUCCACAACCUUUUUGAGGUCGUGCUGCUUCCUGAUCUCUGUGGUUUCUGCUGUCUGUCAAUGCGCUUUAUUGUCUUGAUUGAUUUGAUUGGUACACUCACUUUGCCUGUCUCGGUUUGCUACAUGGUCUAUCUUAUCUAUGUCAUUGCUUCUGGUUCUGGCCCGCUUCCCGUUCUGGCCUUGGCUAUGUUGGCUGCAAGUUAUGGUAUCCAGGUUGUUCUAUUUGUUCUCAAGAGACAGUGGCAACACAUCGGUUGGAUGGUGUUUUACAUCAUUGCCAUUCCAGUCUUCUCCUUCUUCUUGCCUGUCUACUCCUUCUGGCAUUUCGACGAUUUCUCGUGGGGUAACACUCGUGUGGUCGUUGGUGACAACAAUCAGAAGAAGAUUAUCGUGGCCGAUGACGAGAAGUUUGACGACAAGAUGAUCCCUGUCAAGAAAUGGAGUGUUUAUGAGCAAGAGUUGUGGGAGAUGGGAUCUCAAGGUUCCCGAGAGACCGGAGUGACAGGAAACAGCUACCGUAGCCACCAGACUCGUGGAUCAAAGAUUGGCGGUGGAAGUCAAUAUGGCGGAGGAAGUCAAUAUGGUGGUGGUGGUGGUGGUAGCCAGGCAGGCGAUUAUGAUUAUUACCGCGAUUCGACACCUGGAAUUAAGGGAUCUCGAGCACAGACCCCGAUGGGCUAUCCUGGAUCGGUUAUCUCACCAGGCUCAGAAUAUGGAGGUGGCGGUCAAAACUAUGGCGGCAAUCCUCCUAUGAACCGCGGAUCUCGCACAAUGUCUGUCAACAGUUUUGGUAACCCUGAAUUCUUUGCCGGUGGAAAUCCUGGGAUGAUUCCUGGCGUAGACCAGGGUAGUGCGAUGUACGAUCAGCGCAGUGUUGGUGGCAACCGCAUUAUGAGCCAACAACCACCACCACAGGGUGAGUAUGAGAUGCCAGCCAUGAGCGCGCACAUGAGCCAGUACUCUAUUCCGAUGUCUCAAGGCGGUCUCCAGCCAAUGACACCACCCGGGUUCCCAUCAGACGAUGAGAUUCUCUCUGAAAUAAAAAAUAUUCUUGCCACAGCUAAUCUCAUGAGCAUCACAAAGAAGCAGGUUCGAGAACAACUCAGUGCAUUCUUUGGCUUUGACAUGACACCCAAGAAGGAGUUUAUCAACACAAGCAUCGAGUAUGUCUUA